AGCCGAUAGAUAUUCAGAACGUUGGUUUUGAAGACUCUGUCUCUGGCUCGUCACAUGAUUGGGCGUCAUCUUGGGUUUGGGUGAAAACAGAUAAUUAGGGAUGUGUAUUUACAACUUCAACUUUUAUUAGUAGAAGCCAAACCAACGCAUCUCUGCUCUGCUCAUCGGUCUGCACUCCAAAUAUUCUCUCAAUCCCUCGCUUUCUCACUCUCCAUCGACUUUAUUUGUAUCAAACUUCAGAAUCACUACGACAUAAAACCAUAGAAAGAUCUCGGCUUGUCUUCUUCGAGGGGGCAUUGCUGAUUUGUAUUUGGUGCAACUGUUGGAGAGAUGGGUAUUAGGGUGGUUUGCUGGCCCUGACGCUUUGUUCUAGCGUUUUUCUCUUAUGUACCUGGACGUCUAUCGAAUUGCUAAAGAGUGCUUAUAUUUUCGGAUAAGAGGGAAGCUAUGUAUGGUAGGGCUGGUCUUGAUAGAUUUAAGAAAGCUCAGUCUUUGGAGCCGUUUUCGGUGACUGCAAACUCUACAUCUAAAGUAGCUACACAGCCUGCUUCUAAACCUACUACCCAGCCCUCGGAUUUGAAGUCUCUGUCUCAAAGUCCUCACCAGAAAACCCAGAACCAGAGCCAAUACCACGUUACUCAAAAACCUCUAGCAGCAGAUGUGGGACCAGCUGGGGUGCCGGCACGGCAAGUGGUGACUCAGCUUGGAGGGGGACAGUCAACUUGGAAGCCUCCUGAUUGGGCCAUUGAACCCCGUCCUGGUGUCUAUUAUCUUGAUGUGUUGAAGGAUGGUGAGGUUCUUGAUCGCAUUAAUCUGGAUAAACGGAGGCAUAUAUUUGGAAGACAGGCACAGGCGUGUGAUUUUGUGCUUGAUCAUCAGUCUGUCUCGCGUCAGCAUGCUGCUGUCAUUCCUCACAAGAAUGGGAGCAUUUAUGUCAUUGAUCUUGGAUCUCCGCAUGGUACAUUUGUUGCAAAUGAACGCUUGACAAAAGAUUCCCCUGUUGAGCUCGAGGCGGGGCAGUCUUUGCGGUUUGCUGCCUCAACAAGAACUUAUAUUUUGAGAAAGAACAGUGCAGCCCUUUUCCCACCCACUCCACUACCAACAGAAAUCAAUCAUCCCCCAUCUCCUGAUCCUUUGGAUGAAGAAGCCGUUUUGACGUAUAACACAUUUUUGAAUCGCUAUGGCCUGACCAAAUCAAAAAAACGGUCUUCAUCCACUGAGCCAGGAGGCUCACCUGCAGGCGGAAGACAUGAAAACCAUCAUAUGGAGAAAUCUGCAAAGAAAAUUAGGAAAAUGAGAGUGGCAUUCAGGGAUCAAGUUGGGGGUGAGCUGGUUGAGGUGGUUGGGGUUUCAGACGGUGUGGAUGUUGAUACAGAACCUGGUCCAGUGGGCGUUAAAGAAGGAAGUCUUGUUGGGAAAUAUGAAUCCCUUGUACAAAUCACAGUAAUACCAAAAGGGAAGGAGCAGUCUUGUGCGAAGGAAAUUAAUAUUUCCGAGAAAGGGGUAACCGAUAGGUUACAAGAAGUCUUGAACAAGGUCAAAAAUCCCCCAAAAAGUGGGAUUUAUGAUGACCUUUACGGGGAAUCAUUUUCUGGUCAAGUAGGUUCAUCCUGGGCGUAUUCUUCUGUCAACUCUGGUGGUAGACAAGCUCCUCCAACUAAAGAUCCCGAAGUUAAGCAAGCUGUUGGUGACUUAAGUGGAGAAGCUGGGAAUGACUCUGGCAUUGUUGAUGAUGACAGUGAUGAUUUAUUUGGCGACUAGCUCUUUGAACAAAAAAUUCUUGGGGCAAGACCUACAAUUUUCAGGCCCCCAAGCUAGGCUGCUGCGUCUGAUGUAGUAGACCUUCAUUUACAAGUGGACUAGAGUAAUUGGAGCUUUUGAUUAUGGCGUGCCUUCCUUGCAAGACAUCCCAUGUGCUUAGGGUUUCUAAGCUUUAUGCAUCCUGAUGACUCAUCAAUGAGUCAGGUCUGGCAUCAAACUGUUUAUUGACGUGAUAGAUGGACUAACUGGUGAUCAAACUCUUAAAAAUUCUCUGAUUGCAACUCCCAUGGGGAUGCAUAAAAAUGGUUUACCCAAGUGCAUUGAUUUCCAAUUGUUGUCAAUAUGGAUGAGGAUGCUGUAGAACUGGGAACUGUUUCGGGAGCUGCAUAUUUACCAGUGAAACUUUGUUUUCGGGAAUAAACCGACAAAAGAAAAGCUAUGAGAUGUCAUCUUUAAAGAGGUGUGAGGCUACACCGUUUGAAGUGUAUCUCAGGUUGAAGCCUGAAGGCAUCCCGGUUUUCUUUACCUUGGGAAGCAUAAUUGCCAUUUGAAUUUCCUGUGUUGUUUACAGGGAAAUCCCUUCUUUUUUCUAUCAUUCUUCAGUAGUUCAUAACUCCCAUAUCCGAACGUUUGGUUAGAAAAUCUAGUGCGCAUACCACUUGCUUCACCGUGUGGAAAGUGGAAACGUACAAAAUUUAUCUCGACAUUGGGUCCUCCUUAACGACCUGAUUGCUUGCAGUAAUUGGAAUUGGCUGUGAGAUUGUAUCAAUACUGCUAUCUUUGGUUUGUCCUUUUACUGUUGUCAUUCGAGUACUUGGUACAAGCAACAUGUUUCCCUUCACUGGCAUGAUUUUCCGCGAUUGAUGUCA